AAACAAUAAAUACGUAAAUGUCCGUUCUCAAUUGUAGAGUCACAUUACACUUUAGAAACCACAGGAAGUCUUUCGAAUGAAUCUUUAUCUGACUCCGUAAUUUCUAAAAUAACAGUCGACUAGUCGAACGUCUCGGUUUUCCGCGAACCGAAAUCUAUCUCACUGUCUCACCAGUUGACUUUCAAAGUUAAUUAAUGAGAUUCUACCACAUGGAUGGUUCUGGAAUGUUCUACUAAUCGUUUACAUCAGGUUAAACUUAGUGAUUGCAAAUAAAGUGAAUAACGGUCAUUUUUACGAUGGAUUAUUGUUUGGUUAGCGUUGGUUUUACACUCUACUUUUCACGUUACAUUUCGCUAAAACUACUUUUUUUUUACCAUUUGUUGACAGUGGUUUUUAGCAGUCUUUGGGGAAAUUCACUGGCAUUCAUCAAAUAAUUUAAUUGACGUCAUCUCCCUCUGGAGUCCAUACUACAGACGUCCAGUCUGUUAAAGUGACAGACUGAACCUACAGACACCUACAGGUACCGCUGGGCAAUGACUAGUAAAAAAGUUGACAGAUGUUAAAUCAUAAACUUUUACUUGACAAACGUCUCAUAAAUGAGAUUUUCCGUCGAACCUCGCUGUUUGGUCGGACGAACCCAAGCCGCUGGAGGAACAAGCUAACCCUCCGAGUGCCUCUCAACGGUCGGACCGACACGGACCUCGGCAUCCAGGGGACCUCACUUAACGACAUCUUGUACAAGAACGCCGCCUUCCUCAAUCUGGUGGAUCCCAUUUCCCAUGAGCUGCUGCUCAGUCUGGCCCGAGACCUGCAGUGUCCGAAAAAGGAGACCGACUCUUUCAAAUCCACAAAUAAGAUCUGCCGUCAGCUGAUCUACCACCUGACGCCCCACUCCAAAUGGACCAGACAGAGCGUUCCCAGGAGGAAGUCUCAGGCUUGUCUGAAGACCACGCUGAAGAAGAAGCUGUCAGGCGAUGUUGUCAACCUGUCAGGAAUCCCGCUGUCCGGCCGGGACAUCCACCGCGUGGUCUUCUACCUCCAGAGCAUCAGCGACUCCGUGUCGACCGUGGACCUGAGCUUCACCGAGCUCAGGGACGAGAGCCUGCGGCUGCUGCUGCCUCACCUCAGCUGCCUGCCCAAACUCACCAUCCUGGCCGUCAACGGCAACCGCCUGACGGUGGCCAUCCUGAAGGACCUGACCGACACGGUCAAAGACCCGCGCAGGUUCCCCAGUCUGGCCUGGAUCGACUUGGGCAACAACGUGGACAUCUUCACCGUACCGCAGCCGCUGCUCGUAGCCCUGAGGCGACGCUUCGGCCUACGCAGCAGCCUCCCGACCAUAUACGAGUACAGCGAGGCCCAGGCGUUAAGUCGAUACAACCCGUGCCUGGAGACCUCCGUGGAGGAGCCCAGUCUUUAUGAAGAAGCGGACGUGGAGGACGACGAUCGAGAAGAGGAGGUGGACAGGCUAGAACUCCAGGCCUGGGGCUUCAGAGAGGAGACCGUGUCAAAGAGUGUGUCGGUUCACUUCUGUGGGAGGUGAUCCGUCUUUGACUGGCAGCCUCUCGUACUCAGUAACCCCCGCAUCAGCCCCGGCCGACGGAGCGCUCCUGCGUUAGCUGCUGUCUCUGUGGCAGGAGACGCUUACGGUGACGCACGUUUCUGAAAAUAACUUUUGAAAAUAAAGUAACCGUGUGUUGUCUUUCUGUGAAUGCUGAAAUCGGACCAUGUGAUGUUUGAACACGUGGACUGACUUCGCCAGUAUUCAUCGCAGGGACCAGGCGGUCGUACUGGGUUUUUCAUCGUCCCGCUCUCACGCCUUGAUGCUUUUCAUGGAUCCAUAGUGUAGCUUUGCAAGCAGAGAGCAGAGUCCUGGGUUCUGGGGGCCACAUUCAGCCUAAUUAAAUGUCAAGUGGGCCGGACCAGUAAAAUCAUCACAUAAUUAUCUAUAAAUAAUAAUAAUAAGCCCAUGUUUUUUAUCUCUUUUUUCACACAAAGAGGUACUCGUGUUUGAAAAAACAUCAUAUACAUAAAAUGUUUUGGGUUUUUUUUUUCAUUUCAAAAUUUAUCAACCGGGCCAGAAUUAACCUCCUU